UUACUUCGUAAAUUGCGAUAGAUCAACAUAGACGUGUGACUCUUGUGCUCUCAACCAAACAAUAACAAUACCGAACUUUAAAAUUUUUUUUAACUCAUAUGUUUGUUAUUUGAUUUUACGUUAUAUUUUUUAACGGUUUUUCACAGUGCAUUUGUUGAAGUUUAUUAUCGACGAACAGUGUUUUUUUAUUGGAAAAUUAAAGAAAAACGAACAGUUUAUAUACAGAAAAAAAAUGGCACCAAAUCAGAAUUACAUUUUGACCGAUGCAAGUGGUGAGCCGGUCUCGAGAACCUACCAAUAUAGAAAAGUGAUGAAACCGAUGCUUGAACGCAAGCGUCGUGCCCGCAUCAAUCGAUGCCUGGAUGAACUCAAGGAACUUAUGACCAAUGCAUUGCAAACUGAGGGUGAAAAUGUUGCAAAAUUGGAAAAAGCCGAUAUUUUGGAGCUAACCGUUCGUCAUUUGCACACAUUGCGUCGCCAAAAUGUGUUGGGUGCACGUUCGGACAAUUCGUAUGCAGAGAAAUUCAAGGCCGGUUUCCGUCAUUGUGCCGCUGAAGUGUCAAGUUUUUUGAAUGUUGUUGACCAAGAGACAUCGGUACCGAUCAUCAAACACUUGAACAGUUGCAUGAAUCAUAUGGAACGCAAUGCUGCCAGUACAAAUCAAGGAGCAAUACACAUGCAUCAACAAUAUCCAGCCAGUCCAAUGCCACCACAACCACAACGGCCAGCUAUUCAAAUCCAAUCACCGAACCAAAUAAAUGCGCAUGCCGUAGCUGCCGCCGCCGCCGCCGCCGUCGCUGUGCACCACCACCGUCAAUCACCAUCGUCGACCUGGUCGUCAAAGGGACGAUCACCCGUACCGAUGAUGCCACAACCAAAGCACCAAAUGAUGUAUCCAGUUAAUCAUAUGUACUCAAAUCGAUCUCCAAACUCAACACCCGACUGUCACAUGGAAUCAUCCACACGCGUGAACACACCACCAAUUUCGCCGAAAAUUGAUAUUGACGACUCGUCUGUCUGGCGACCGUGGUAAAUGGACACCGCGUACACACGCGCCACACCACCGUGCAUUGACAAGCUGAAAUGUGAUUUGGUUCUUAUCUCAUAGAUGAAAUCUGACCAAAACAAUAGCAAUUCGCAAACAAAUGAUAGCCAUUGUGAUCGUAUAUUUUUUUUCUGACCAGAUACUUUUUUUUUUAUUAACAAAUCGGAAACAUUAUGUUUCAACAUGAAAAAGAAAACGAUAAGCAAGAACAGUAUACAAUAUACCAAAAAAAAAAUGAAUAGACAAAUCAGUAGAAUGGAUUUCGAGCCGCAAAUAAUCGUCGUGUCUUCCAAUUUCGACAACAAUUUUUUUUUCUUUUUUUUAUUAGCUUCACUUUUAGAGUUAUAUUUUUUUGUCCGUUUUUGCUUGCUCCACGCGAAAUAUUAUAUUUCAAAGUAAUACAACAAAAAGAACAACAAAUAGACAGAGAACAGUUAAUUGGUGUGAACUUUGUACGAAAUGCACUCGAUAGAUAAAUGCAUAGGAAAUAAUUAUCCAGUGAGAUUGGCCUUAGUUUAGCAUUUAAAACACUCUAUUUAGCACAUUAAGACCAAAUUUCUUUUCUUUUUCUUUGUUUCGUUUCGUUUGCUCAGUUUUUUUUCUUCAUUAAAACAUUUUAACUCUAAAGUUUUUUUUUCCUUUCUUUGGUUUUGAAACACUAUACUAUUUAAGUUGAUGUAAUGUUUUUUUCUUUACUCGAAUCAAUCUCAUUCAUUUUUAAACCGUUUUGCAUAUAAGUAACGCAUUUUUCAUUGUUAUAUUCUCUGUGAUAAAAAAAAAAGAAAAUAUUAGUUGAUAAUGACAAAAAGAGAAAAAGACAAUAAUAAAGUAUAAAUAGCAUUUUAAUGACAAUUUA